CAACAAAUGUGUGCUGCGAUAGGUGUGAAUAAAUAAGCAGUUUGCUGUUAUCUUGCGUGACUCAAAAUUCGAACGUUGCUGAGCUUAGUCAGAAGUUAUUUGGUAAAAUCCCAUCGCUAUCAGAAAAUCGUUACCUUUAGCAACAUACAGAGCACAGAGUAAACUUUUAUAAAUUCUCGGUCUCCGAAUCUCGCUCUGUCUGUCUAUGUCUAGUAUGUCUAGUCUAUAGUCAGAAUGGCUGUCGAUCGAGCGUAGGGGUGUCGUACUAUGGUAAAUAAAUUGUGUUAGGAUCAAUUAGGUCUUAAUGUAAAACAUCUAUUGAUAAGUAAAUGUUAAUUUACUUAACCAUGGCAUCACGAGGCUGACAGUAGAUUGCUUUUUUGGAGCUGCCUCCAGGAUCGAAUACUACAUGAGUGAAUUAUGAUGGCUUUAACUUGACUGAUGACACCACCAGAAGGAACAGCAUACUUGAGCCUCAAGACGUAAUCCUUACAUAGUUCUGCCACCACAUUUGAGCCGUUGAUUUGAGUGGCACACAGAAGAUGGCGCAGGUCGGAGCUAACAUGGAAUAUCAAGAGUACAAGUGGGCCUACUCAAUCAUGGACUCCUCCAAGGUAUCGGCGUGUCUGAUCUCGAUGCUGCUGAUCGUGUACGGUAGCUUUCGCUCGCUGAACAUGGAGCGGGAGGCGCGCGAGCGGGCGGAGCGCGAGCGGGAGGCCACGCUGCUCGGCGGGAAACCUUCCACCAGCUCCAACUCGAACUCAAUGUUGUUUUCAGACGUGCAGACGUUGAACACGAUGCAGGCGCUGUGCUUCCCUCUCGGCUCGUCCGUCGCUCUGCUCGUCAUGUUCUUCUUCUUCGACUCCAUGCAGACCCUCGUCGCGAUAUGCACUGCAAUAAUAGCGUGCGCGGCGCUGGCGUUCCUGCUGACGCCGCUGUGCCAGUACGUGGCGGGCGGCGCGGGCGCGCGCGGCGCCGUGUGCGGCCGCUACUCGGCGCCCGAGCUGGCCGCCGCGCUGCUCGCCGCCGCCAUCGUCGCCGUCUGGGUGCUCACCGGACACUGGCUGCUCAUGGACGCGAUGGGCAUGGGCCUGUGCGUGACCUUCAUCGCGCUGAUCCGGCUGCCGUCGCUGAAGGUGUCGACGCUGCUGCUCACCGGCCUGCUGCUCUAUGACGUGUUCUGGGUCUUCUUCUCCUCAUACAUAUUUACCACCAACGUCAUGGUCAAAGUUGCUACCAGGCCCGCGGAGAACCCCAUGAACGUGGUAGCGCGGCGGCUGCAGCUGGGCGGCGCCAUGCGGGACGCGCCCAAGCUGUCGCUGCCCGCCAAGCUCGUGUUCCCCUCCAUGCACCAUCAGGGACACUUCUCCAUGCUUGGUCUCGGUGACAUAGUGAUGCCUGGUCUCUUGCUAUGUUUUGUCCUGCGUUACGAUGCAUAUAAGAAAGCCACCUUAGUAUGCCAAAUGGGGCAAGUUCCUGGACCUAGAUCGAUGGGCUCUCGGCUGACGUACUUCCACUGCUCGCUGCUGGGCUACUUCCUGGGCCUGCUGACGGCCACGGUGUCGGCCGAGGUGUUCAAGGCGGCGCAGCCCGCACUGCUCUACCUCGUGCCCUUCACGCUGCUGCCGCUACUCACCAUGGCUUAUGUUAAAGGAGAUCUCAGAAGAAUGUGGAGCGAGCCGUUCAUAGCGCCGCCGACGGGCAAGUCGGGCGCGGACUUCGACGUGUGACUGGCGAGCCCCGCGCCCGCCGCGCCCGCGGCCUACUGCGGCAGCUCCGCCCGCCCUGUACAGUUAGCUGCCACCUACCCUCAUCUACUUCCCUACUGUUACUAGUACUCCUUCGUAACGUCGAUAGCAAGUUGCACUAUAAGUUAUAUUUGCUAUGUAACUAACUGUACAUGCACCACAGGGCCACAUCCUCCCGUGCGUUGAUGUGUUUAUUAAUAUAGUUAUAAAGACAUAAGUUGUAAUUUUUAGAUUAGUUGAUACGCUUUUGUUUCGUUAAUAUAUUAGAUGGAGAGUUACGACACAGGGUAACUUGAUGUCUGGGAGUUAACUGUGAAGUGAUCAGGACCAGUGCAAGAGAUUUUGAUAAAUUUCGGAUAUAAUAAUACUAUGACAUUAAAUACAAACGGUAUUUCGAAAAUACUCAGUCAUAGCAUUUGAUCUUUUUUAUAUCUUGAUUUUGUUUUUAUAUAACUUUAUAUACACUCUGUCAAAAUAAUAUGACCCUUUGGAUUGGUAGAAAGAACUGUGAUUGGGUGAUGGCAACAAAGCAAUGCAUCCAUUUGACUACUGUAAGGUGUUACUCACAGAGCCUUAUUUUACAGCAAACAUUAUUUAUUAGUAACAGAACAAUACUGAACACAUAUUUGCACUAGUGUUGAAUCCAGGGGUUAUAUUACAAUGCCUAAUCAGUAAUAAUUUACUACUUUUUGUAUUGAGCUGAAUGAACAGAAUCAUGUGGUUUUAUCCAUUGCUGGUAAGCAUAAGUAUCAAGAUAUUUGAAUGAAUCUCAUUUUUUUUAAAUACGUAUUCAAUUUGCUGUAUGUUUCUCAUGGAAUCCAGAUCAAAUAAAUUUAAUGUAUGGCAUGUUUGGGACCUACUCUUGACAUUAUAUUUCUUUGGUUGAGAGUGGUAAUCAUUUGUUUCAACGAUCAAACUUUGUUGUCACUGCCUUAGACUGAUGUUUUCAAUGAAGAUUUCUUCUAUAUGUUGAAUGGAGUAUUAUAGACAAAUGUUAGACUAAAAUAUUAGAGUUUAAGCUACUAACUAUUGUUGUUAUUAUUAUAACAACUGUAUUGUUGUUGUAAAUUAUUUGAUUGAAUUUAAAUGAAGAUGUUAAGACAUUACAUCGUAAGUGGUAUACUUGGUAUGUGUGAUUUAAUUUUUAUAGCGUUUUAUAACAUUUUAAUUUUUGGAUUUAUUUUUAAUAAAUUUAUUUUGUACUAUGAAGUUAUCAUUGAUAAGUUUACAGUGUGCGAGCUAAAUCUUAUUAACAUGGAGCAGUAUUCCAACACAAGUGAUGUAAUAUAAUUAUUGAGGCUUAAUUUUGUAAAAUAACUUUCAAAGUCACUUCAAAUUUUGCUGAUAUUGAUGUCACAUAGAUAAUAAUUUCUUUGAAAAUGAAUUGCUUUGUGUUUCAAUCUCAAGUGUAACCAAAUAGUUUUGGUGUAUUUUAUAGAUAUUUAUAUAAAUAGUCACUGAAGUUUUCUCACUGAUGUACAUAAAAACUAAAUGAAAUUAAUAUUAAGAUUGAUGUUCCAUUAUUUGCAUCACUGUUUCAUCUCAUCAUUGAUCUUGAGACUACUAAUGUAAAUAUUCAAUGCCCACACACAAUUCAUUACCUGCCAAAACUUGGAAAAUUGCAUUUAAUAUUUUUAUAUGUAUCUGUGGAAGUAUAAUAUUGCUAUAAAUACCUAAUAAAAAUAUUAUAUGUAAGCA